AUGGACGCCCAGACUAUCGUCGCGGCCUCGCAGAAGCACCCCAUCGUGCCGCUGCCCGCCGGCAAGCUCUACACCUAUGGCACCGCCGGCUUCCGCAUGAAGGCCGACCUGCUCGAGGGCAUCAGCUUCCGCGUCGGCCUGCUCGCCGCCCUGCGCAGCCGCAAGCUCGGCAGCCAGGCCAUUGGCGUCAUGAUCACGGCCAGCCACAACCCGGCCGUUGAUAACGGCGUCAAGAUCGUCGACCCCAUGGGCGAGAUGCUCGAGCAGGAUUGGGAAGCCUACGCCACCGCCCUCGUCAACUGCCAGACCGACGAGGCCCUGGCCGACACCUACGCCAAGCUUGCCACCAAGCUCAACAUCGACCUUUCGGCCCCGGCAAAGGUCAUCUACGGCCGCGACACCCGCCCCUCGGGUCACAAGCUCGUCGGCGCCCUGGCCGCCGCCCUCGCUGCCAUCAACGCCGAGGCCGUCGACUACAAGAUCCUGACCACCCCACAGUUGCACUACCUCGUCCGCUGCACCAACACCGAGGGUACGCCCAAGGCCUACGGCGAGGUCAGCGAGGCUGGCUACUAUAAGAAACUCGCCGCCGCCUUCGAGAAGGCCCUGAGGGGAAAGAAGGUCAACGGCCCGCUUACCGUCGACUGCGCCAACGGGGUCGGCGGCCCCAAACUCUCCGAGCUGCUCAAGUACAUCAACAAGGGCCUCAUUGACAUCAAGGUCGUCAACGAUGACGUGCUCCGUCCUGAGGUUCUGAACCUCGACUCCGGAGCCGAUUUUGUAAAGACGAAGCAGCGCGCUCCGCCAACGCCCCAACCCGAGCUUGGUGUGCGGAACUGCUCGCUCGACGGUGAUGCCGACAGGCUCAUCUACUACUGGACCGAUCCGGACACGGGCUUCUUCAUGCUUGAUGGCGACCGCAUCUCGUCGCUGUACGCCUCCUUCAUUGGUGAUCUUGUUCGGUCAGCCAACCUGGAGGAUGAUCUGCGCAUUGGCGUGGUGCAGACGGCGUACGCCAACGGCGCUAGCACCCACUACAUCACGCAGCACCUCCGCCUCCCAGUGGUCUGCACUGCGACUGGCGUCAAGCAUCUGCACCACGCCGCAUGCAACUUCGACGUCGGUGUGUACUUUGAGGCCAACGGCCACGGCACCGUCGUAUUCUCGACCGACGCCAUGCGCCUGUUCCGCGAGAAGGAGCCUCAGAGCCCGGCCCAGAAAGAGGCGCUCGAGACACUGGCCGCCUGCUCGGACCUCAUCAACCAGACGGUCGGUGACGCCAUCUCGGACAUGCUCAUGGUCGAGGUCAUCUUGGCCCACAAGUCGUGGACCAUGCGCGACUGGGCCAUGACGUACACGGACCUACCCAACCGCCUCGUCAAGGUCGAGGUGCGCGACAAGGACGUAUUCCAGACCACCGACGCCGAGCGUCGCCUUUCGCACCCGCAUGGCGCCCAAAAGGAGAUCGAUGAUGUUGUUAGGAAGUACACCUCGGCACGCUCCUUUGCGCGUGCCUCGGGCACUGAGAACGUAUGUCGUGUCUACGCCGAGGCCGCGUCCAAGACCGAGGCCGAUGAGUUGGCGAACCACGUCAAGCGCAUCAUUGCCACCUACGGCGGCGCUGUCUAG